AUGUUCCCCCAAGAGCAGACAGUCUUUCGGCUCACCCUAGGCAAAGGUCUCGACGGACUCCAAGCAUUCAAAGAGCCUCUCACGGCCAUCGGCGACUAUGAAGUCCUCAUCAAGGUUCACAGUGUUGCCAUCAACUACCGCGACAUUGCCAUCUCGCGUGGAAUAUAUCCACUGGCGGUCAAAGACAACGUCGUGCCGUGCACCGACAUGGCGGGCGAGGUUCUUCAGGUCAGCAAGCAGGUUGACAACCUCUCGGUGGGCGACGCCGUGGUUGCGGCCAUUAGCUCUUCAACCUUGUACGGCACAGUCAAAGACCAGGACCACACCCUUGGAAGUACCCAAGACGGCGUACUGCGAGAAUAUAUCGUCCUACCAGUGCAUCAGGUCAUCAAGCUACCCAAGUCCUCCCACACCUUGACUGAAUGGUCUGCCAUGGUGGCGACGGCUUCAACAAUGUGGAAUUGUUUUUAUGGCUCCUCACCCCUGAAACCGGGCCAAACUGUACUCAUUCAAGGAACUGGUGGGGUAGCAUUAACCGCUCUCAUCUUUGCACGAGCCGCGGGUGCAACCACGAUCAUCACGUCGUCCAGUGAUGAGAAGCUGGCAGCCGUGAAAGCCAAAUACAGGCCCGACCACACGAUCAACUACAAGACUCAUCCGAACUGGGCUGCCGAAGUGCAGCGCAUCACCAAUGGCGACGGAGCCGACCAUAUCAUCGAGAAUGGCGGGAUUGGAACAAUUCGACAGAGCAUCGAGUGCGCGGCAAUGGGUGGCAGCAUAUAUUUGGUUGGCUUUCUCACAGGCGUGCCACAGGGCCAGGUGCCUGAUGUGGUUUCAUUAGCACUAUCAAAGGGCCUCCGGCUCCAGGGCAUUCUAGCCGGAUCCAAACAGCAACUCGAGGAGGCCGUGCGAUUCAUUGGUAGCCGCAAUCUGCCUGUGCCAGUGGACAGAACCUUCGCGUCAACAUACUGGUAA